AUGUCAAGCUGGGCCGCAUUGAACAUCGAGCCCGCCGAGGCGGUAGAAGAAGAGGUUGAUGACACUAAGGAAAUCCAAAUUGAGGAAGCUCUCAAGCUAUACCAAAAUGCCCUGAAGCUUCACUCACAGGGUCCCCACUUCUACGCUCAAGCGGCGGAAGCAUAUGAUGCUCUUCUUAGUUCGGAAAUAUUCAAGUACCCGGAGUCUCUCUCCGACUACAAAAGAGCUGCAACCGAGCUUGAAUUGACGGAAACAUCCGACUAUGUUGGUAAUACAGACGGUGGUGGACCGCUAGCAGACUACGAUAUCAAUGAUUCCACAUCCAGUACUUUGCUGCAGACCAUCUAUCUUGCGUAUAAAAACCACGGGCAGUUCGUACUAGAUUCUUUGCGCGCCAUUAUAGAGAAUGCUGCCCAGGCGUCAGACGCCACUCAAGAUCUCUCGGCUGAAAUUGCUGAGCGUGCGAACACUGCCCUGACGUCCUUCGCUGAAGCCCUGGAACGUGAUGACACAGACCUUAACCUUUGGAGACAAAGCGCCAGGCUCUGCAGUACUUUACAAAGCUAUCGCUUAGCCCGCUACUGCUUGGAAAGUGUCCUGGCAGAUGAUGAAAAUCGCCUGGAGGUCCGAACGGAACAGCUAGGCUUGGAGGAAACUUUUGCAGAAGAGCGUCUUCGGGAAACGUUGCUGUCGCUGCAAGAUAGAAUUUCGGUUUGCCAAGUCCCGAUUAAGAAACCCAAGAAAGCCCUUCUCAAAUUUCUCAAGCGCCAAAGUGACCCUUACCCGUAUCUGCCUGGAUUACCCAACAACCUUCAGGAUGUCCUUCCGUCGAAAAGCCCCCUAGCUUUAAGCGCCACACGACAUGAUCUGAAGCCUCUUUCACCAACAUGGGCCGAUCUUGGCAAGACCAUCCUUCAAGCGUUAACGGAUGAGGAGCAGGGCACUGUUGGUGUAAGCCCUGGUACUGCAGUCUGCGUUUCAAUACCAGCUCUUAGCCCCGAGCUGAAAGCUACGGCGACCAAAGAAACACAGAUUCAAGAUCAGCCAUUAAAGGCACAGGAUGAAGAGGUUCAAAGUAGCCAGAAGCAAGCCAUCCACAUGUCGGGGGAAGAUAGCAACAUAGACGUUCAUCCAUCUGUGAAACAUGAAGCGCUGGACUCAACUGCAGAACACGCGGAUGACCACUCAUCUAUUGAUCAACGGGCCGAAAAGCAACUUAUAGAAUCAUUGGAGAUCCAGACGUCACAAUCCCCCGAGAUAUCUAAUCAACAGGAAACGCCGAAUGCCGACGAUCCUGACCCUAAAUCAUCGACCAAUGGGGCACGAAAGCGAUCUUCUGCAUCAGCCGUCGCCGAGGAUCAGACUGAAAGCGUUCGAUCCAAGAGCAGAAGGACCCGUCUGCGAGAGUCACACGCAGAGGCUUCAUUACAAGCUGAUGAAGUCUCGUUUGACCAUAACAAAUACUAUGAAGACCGCCUAGAGGCUUUCAUUAGAGCGGACGAAUGGGUGUUCGGUACGGUUGAGUCUCUGUUGACCAAGUUCGGGAUUGAAGACUUAGGGUCAGUUGAUGAGCUGAGGAAACAAAUUUCCCCUACUACCGAUGGGAAAGACCUUCCAGAUAGUGAAAUCAAUGGGAAGGCUGAGUACAUACUGCCUCGAGAUUUGAGACACAUUAUGACGGGUUGGGAUGAAGGGAAGUCUCAGGCGACACUCCAAUGUGAUAAUGUUGCAGCACUUCAAGACAUUCAAGGUAUGGGCAAGUCUGGGCUGGCUAUCUUCCUAGAGCACUCUAGGAAGUCUGCUCGGAAGCUAGGGAUGAAGCAAGUUCUCUCCGGUACUGAGGAACUACUCAUGCUCAUGAAUACCAUUAAUGAAGGAUGGUUUCACCUCCGUGAAGCCGCUUUGGAGUGGCUCAAAUGCCUUCUCAUGCCAGAUUACGGGUGUGUUUCUACGGAGGAUGGCGUAUCUGGCACUUCAAACUUCCCUAACAUGAAUUCCACAUACACUUUAUUCCAGUGGCCAGAUGCACUGAAAGAGACGGUGGUGCAAAUAUUGAUACAAGAGGAUGAAAACAUAUACAAGGGAAUGAGCGAACACGUUGAGACUCUUGAACGCCGAAUCCUUGCUGCUAGCGCUAACACGCCGUUUGAAUACACCACGAAUCAUUUCGCAUAUCUCGAGAUGAUUCAAGCCAUGUUUGAGCUCCAUCUUGAUAUAUACGCCUCCAUUAACAACCCAAACAGUGAAAUUGAUCAAGGAAUCAGGGUACAACAAAAAGAUCGUUUAGCACGGUGGAGCUUACUAGCGCGUACCUCACUGAUUCACUUCAUGGAUUACUCUACACCCGGCAGUUAUCAGGAUAAUAUCGUUCUUCGCCAUAUCUGGGCAUCCACAUUCCAUUCGAACAUGACAACGGACGCCGAGCGGGAACACGUAUUACUUUGCCUUCAGGAGCUGAAGCGCUUGCUUAGUCGCUUGAAGGAGCCAGUGAUAAGCCUAGUGAACAACGCAAUUAUGCCGGAAAUAUCGAUUGAGGCCGUUGAUCAAGAGAUUUCGAAGCUGGAGUCUAUGGACUUCUUCAUGAGAAUCUUUAACACUGAAUCAGAAGACCCUGUGGGACUCAUCGAAACCAUAGAACCUAUCCUGGAACCUGGUUCGGUCCAGUUUGUUGAAGAAAACACCUCAGAGGAACAGGGUCAUUCUCUACCGACGUCACAGCUUCACGAAAUGGGCUCUUUCUUAGAUCGAGGAGAUGCUACUUUGAGGCUUUUCCUAUGGAAGAGGCUACAAGACGCGUACAAGAAGAUCGACUACGCACCGAAAGUUGUGUCAUGCUACCUGCGGAGUAUUGAAACUAUUGUGAGAGAGCUUUGGAACCCUGCACAUCUAGAAGAGCCUAGUGAGCACCGCCAAAUUACUUUGCUCCGUUGGUUAAAAUCUCUCGAUGGAAUAUUGAAUAAGACCGUAACAGCAGUUUUACAGGAGCCAGCCAAAGCAUACGAAUGUUUUGAUAUGGAUCACAUCAAGUCAUCGCUAUCUGCAGUGACACUAGUAUUGAAACUACUUCAUAGUUUUGUGCUUUAUGAAGAUUCGGUUCGUGUGGGCCAGAUAUCUGGCUCCGACGUACGCGGAGCGUUGGCAAAGUCAUUGGAAAGCUUCAGAGAUAAGCUGCGGGAUAUGCACGUCCGUUGUUGGAUCCUCCAUUAUACCCUUUUGAGAGAAGCUAUUGCGCAGAACCCAGAGCUCUUCGAGACGCCCCUCGAGGACCGCAUUCUUUACUUGCGCUCUGUGCACAAUGCUUUAGGCAUCAGGAAGAUGUGCAAACGUUCCCAUAAGCAGUUUCUUAAGCUUGUCAAAUCCGAGAUUUUCUCUUUGGAUGACAAAUCGGACUAUGAGUAUGAUAUUUGUCAACUGCUUUACGACAUACACGGUAUCAAAUUGUCACCGGUUGAUGGUUAUCUGGAGGACCAUGGCUGUCCACCGGAGAAAUUGGAUCGCUCGACAGCUAUUCUGAUGAUUGACUUUGUCAUGAAGCAGGCGAAGAAAAUGAACAUCAGGGAUCUGUCAAAAUCUGACUUGAAGUACACCAUUGAAAAGAUGCAACAGGCCAUCGGCACCACAAAAUCAUCACCUCCACUAUCCUACAAUAAGCGCAUUCUGACAGCUUACUUAAAAUCUCCGUUAAACCCAACUGAAAUCUUCCGUGCCGUUCGGGGAGUUGAAGAUCUUGCGUUGCUCCCGGUGCCCACCGAGAGUGCGGUCAUUGCGAAGAAUGGGUGGUACUUCCUGUUGGGACAUGCUGCGCUGACCAAAUUCCGCUCCCAGAAGCGUCUUAACCCCAUUCCAACCACUGACCUUGACGAAGCUAUCACAUGGUUCAGACAGGAUUUGGAACACAACACUCAAAGAUGGGAAUCAUGGUAUCGACUUGCCCAGACUUAUGAUUCGAAGCUGGAGGAGGACAUAACGUGGUCUGCAGACAAGAUUAAUAAUAACCGGACAGAGUUGGUGACUUGGCAACGCUAUGCAAUCCAUUGCUAUGCUAUGGCCGUUGCAACGGCAGCAAGAAACGCCGAUCCUACGCCAGAGACUCGAGCACUUAUAUCCGACCUCUACACUGACUUUGGAAUUCGU